ACAUUAUAACGCGUAUGAUGCGAGUGAGCCGAAAAGGAGACGAACAUACUGACGUGAUGAAUUAAAAGAAGAAGAAUUAUCCGUUCGCUGCACUUCGUGUACCAGCCAGGUCCCGAAUCGGUGGUGUGUCAUAGGCUGCCGGUAGGUCCGCCUCGUUAGUGAGCAGGAAGUGGAGGGUGAACUUCCUCAAUGGUCAGAGCACUAGGUCAGUGAUGAAGUGAUCUCACUGUAUUAUGGAUCAUGCUAAGCUUCAACCUGAUUCGUCCCACUCGGUGGAGGACGAAGCUCGUGUGGUGGGAAACCAUGCAGAGCACUGUUCAGAUAAUCAGACGUUCCAGGCGUUGAUGAUUGAGGACACGGGAGAGGCCGAGGUGCAGAGAGCCGUACACUCGAUAGACGCCUUCACCAACACGGAGCAAAAGCAACGAUGCUGUUUGUGGCUGAGGAAGCGAUGUCCAUGUCCUCCCCGCGGCCUACUCGCAUCAUGUAUUACCAAAGCAUCCAUGGCUGCAGUGUUAUAUGGAGUGGUUUGGUCCAUCACUGAGCACGAAUGUCUUCCUGGAGGAAACCUCUUCGGCAUCAUCACCGUGUUAAUCUGCUCUCUGAUUGGAGGGAAGCUGGUGGGAUUUGUCAGAUUACCCCGGCUCCCACCCCUCCCCCCUCUCCUGGGUAUGUUGGUAGCAGGUCUCCUUCUCAGGAACAUCCCCGUGGUAACAGAGGCUGUUUACAUUAACUUUAAAUGGUCUACUUCACUCAGAAACAUCGCCCUUGCUGUUAUUUUGACCCGAGCUGGCCUGGGAUUGGAUGCCUCGGCCCUGAAAAAGCUGAAGGCGGUGUGUGUCCGUGUAGCUGUGGGUCCAUGUCUAAUUGAAGCCUCAACUGUGGCUCUGCUGUCGCACUUCCUCAUGGGACUUCCAUGGAUUUGGGGCUUUAUUCUGGGGUUUGUUUUGGGUGCCGUGUCUCCUGCUGUCGUGGUCCCGUCCAUGCUGCUGCUGCAGAAAGAUGGCUACGGGGUAGAACAGGGCGUGCCUACGUUGUUAAUGGCUGCUGGAAGCUUUGAUGAUGUUCUCGCCAUCACAGGGUUCACCACCUGCCUCGGCAUCGCUUUCGCCACUGGUUCCACCUGGUUCAACAUCUUCAGAGGGUUUUUAGAGGUUUUAGGAGGUGUAGUUGUGGGUGUGGCUCUCGGUUUCUUCCUCCGUUAUUUUCCCAGCAAGGACCAGAAAGCUCUUGUGCUGAAGCGUUCCUUCCUGCUGCUCGGCCUUAGUGUGUUUGCUGUUUUCGGCUCCAAUGUGGCUGGAUUUCCAGGUUCGGGAGGACUCUGUACACUCGUCCUUGCGUUCCUCGCUGGAACUGGCUGGGAAAACAAUAAGGCUCCUGUAGAGAAGGUUGUAGGUAAGGUAUGGGACGUGUUUCAGCCUCUGUUGUUUGGGCUGAUUGGAGCUGAAAUCAGCAUUCGUGCUCUAGAGCCCAUCACUGUGGCCCUGGGUCUUGCUGCCCUCAGCAUUGCCCUGAGUGUAAGGAUCUUCUUCACCUUCGUUAUGGUCCUCUGUGCUGGAUUUACUUUUAAAGAGAAGCUCUUCAUCGCUCUGGCUUGGAUGCCUAAAGCGACUGUUCAGGCUGCAAUAGGCUCGACAGCUCUGGACAUGGCACGUGUGAAGCAGCAUAAUGAAUUUCAGCAUUUUGGUAUGGACGUGCUGAGUGUGGCUGUUCUCUCCAUUCUCAUCACUGCUCCACUUGGAGCGCUGAUUAUCGGUCUGUGUGGACCAGGCCUACUGAGAAGACCCAAGAACCCGGAGUGGGCUGUGAGUCAGGGUACUCUGUCACCAUCAGAUGCUCGAAUCACCUAUGAGAGUGCAAUCUAAGGCUUACUGAAUUAUCCAGAACAGACGGUCAGAAGAGCAGUGACUAAAUCUCUAUUUGACUUUGUGAAUCUUCUGUGACUCUCCUGUGACUUCUCACUUUCUCUGCUGUGACUCAUUUUAAAGUUCUCCUCUGUGACUCCCAACUGAUACUCCACUGUGAUUCUCUAUCAAACACCAUGGCUCUCAUAAAGACCUUCCCAGGAAAGCCAUACCAAAAACUUACCUCUGUACGUUCAUUUAGAGUUACCAGCCUCAGAAAUCACCAAUUAACAAACAGCACUUCAGAUUAGAGCUGUUGUGAAGCUUUACAGAGCAUGAUACAUCUCAAUAUUAACUGGUCAAAUUUGUGAUUUUUUUAUUUGUGUAUUUUUGUAUUUUGAAUAAACACAUUCAUUAUUGCUUUACAGUGUAAAAAGAGAGAAUUAAAAAUCAGGAACGGCCAUGGAAUUAGGAAGUGUUACUAACAUCCCCGCCAACUUUUAAGGGGUAGUGUGUAUAUACAGUAUAUGUACAGUAUAUGAACUGGUUUGUUGUUACUCUUGAUUAUCUUAAGGCCUUUAUAAUUUUUAUAAUUAAGUGACUGAAAGAAUGUAAAAUAAAGGCAUGAGAGAAUGUGGA